AAUAUUAUAUAAAUAAGGGUCUUCGAUCAUUUGUUAUUUUUAUUAACUUACCACCCUUAUGCAUGUUUAACCAAUAUAAUAAGAGAAAUUUCUUUCAUCUCUAAUUGAAGGUUGUUCAACUUCAAAUAGCUAUCAUAAUGGAUGAAAAGGUGGAAACUCUUCAAUUAGAGUUACAACAAGUGAGAGAAGAGAACAAUACUUUAAGAUUUAUGCUUGAAGUUAUGAGUAUUAAGUGCACAAAGCUUGAGUCUCAACUUCAAGAGAUUAAAAAGGAAGAACACAAAGGAACAAGUUCAAAUCAAAUUGGUUUAGUACCUAACAUUGACUCAAACAAAAGAGCAAGACUAGAGUUUCCAACAGCUAAAAAGCCAUUAGAAGUCUUUGUCAGAACCAAUCCUAAUGAUGAUAAUUUGACAAUAAAAGAUGGAUAUCAAUGGAGGAAGUAUGGGCAGAAGGUCACCAAAGACAAUGCUUCUCCAAGAGCUUACUUUAGGUGCUCCAUGGCUCCUAGUUGCCUUGCAAAAAAGAAGGUACAAAAAUGCAUACAUGAUAGGUCUAUCAUUGUUGCAACAUAUGAUGGAGAGCACAACCAUGGUGUCCCUCAUCAGUCAUUCAAACCAUCUUCAUCCACACUUAAUUUUUCAUCAAUAUCUAAUAAUAAAUUACCACCAACAUUAAAUGACAAAGAAACCAUAAACACUGGAAUUUGUGAGGAUGUCAUGCAACAGUUUGGCUAUGGAAAGCACAUCAAAAUUGAAGAAUAUGCAAGUUCCCUAAUCAAAGAUUCUGAUUUCACUGCAGCAUUGGCUGAAGCAGUUGUACAAAAUAUCACCGGUCAACAUAAGCGACAAGGUCUAAACCUCGAUUUGAAUCUUUCAGAAGAGUGAAAUGACUACUUGUACUCAACAAAAAUAUGAUUAUGUAGAGAUUUGUUUUUCUCUUAACCCUCUAAUUUCUAAGGAAAUCAUUCCUGAUAGUUCAAUGUUCGGCCAAAAAGUAAGUAAAAUCUGACCAUAGAUUAUUCCAAUCACGAUAUAGCUAAUGAAGAUAAAUUGUAGUUCAGUAAUAUGGUAGGCUUGUAUCACUGAAAGUAAGGUAAUUUUGCUUAGAAUGUUAGCAGUUUCCUUAGUUUCUUUGUUUUUUAAUUGUAUUUGAUCAUUACCGAGGCCCUUCCCCUGGAAAUCAGAGGGUUAAUACCAAAAAAUAAUAGUAUUUGAUCAUUUGAUUA